UGACGCGCAGCGUGUCUGGUCACGUGGUUCCGCCGCGCGUGGCCGCCAGCGGCGCCGGGAGCGGAUCGGGAUCGGGGUCGAGCUCUGGUCCGGGAUGUUCCGCAUCGAGGGGCUGGGGCCCAAGAUGGACCCGGAGGAGCUCAGGCGGAAGAUGCGCCGCGACGUCCUCGCCUCCGUCCGCAACUUCCUCAUCUACGUCGCACUGCUGCGGAUCACUCCCUUCAUCCUAAAGAAGCUGGACAGUAUAUGACCCCUCCGGUCCCGGCGCACGAACCGCGGGAUGAACCGCAGCUGCUCUCCCCCGGCUGCUAAUGAAACGUGGUGUCAGAGGCAGACAGCCAGCGCCAAAUGAUUCCAGAACGUCUCACUUCAGCAUGUCCAGCCGGGAGUGACCGCUGGGCUGGCAGCAUGGACAGUGGUCCCUGCAGUGAAUUCUGGCCGUGCAACGCUCCGUGGUCUGGCCAAGCGGUGACUCGUGACAGAACAUUCCCUGUGCUGUGUGAACAAAGCCCCGGUCCAUCCGGCACAUGCUGUCACGGGCUGGCAGCCCACCUCACCCACCUGUCUGUGUGCAACCUCCAGUGUCCCCUGCAUCCACCUCACAAACAGUUUGAUUUGAAAUAAAUGGGAGAGCAGUUGUGUCACUGGG